AUGCCUCCAAAGAAGAAGUGUACCCACAAGGCCAGGAAGGCAGAGCUGGUUUUCCUUGAACAGCCACGGGCAGGACCCAUCCAUUGUUAUGAAGCUCCACUGCAUUUGGCUGAGAAUCCCAGACGUGUGCCUACAAAACGUGUGGACCUGAACACCUCUGCUGCCUGGGUGUGCCCACAAUUUGACACAACUAAGCCACUGGUGUUGAAAGCACGCCAGAAGAAGCAUCGUGGUCCUCAGAAGUACUAUAAUCAGGAUGCCAACCACAGCUCAUUUCAUGCAGGAGGAGCUUGUCGAGGAGCUGUAGCCUGCAGAUUUCCUCCUUUAACUUUUGAGAAUCCAAAAGGACAUGCAGUCCCUCCAUUGGAUGAUUCAAAUUGCUUGGGAAAGAAUGCACGGUGCUCUCCCAACCAGCCUAAGAAAGGGACAGCAGCAAAUGCCAACAUCCAGGUGAAGAGUCCAGAGAACUGUGGAGAGCCUGCUCCCCAGCCUGUGGAGCAAGAAGUCCCUAGUCCAUCAGAUGCAGAGGCUGCACAGGUUCCUUCCCCAAGGAAUGGGAGAUGCAGCAACACUCUAUCACCAAGUAGUCAUGCCUGGCAUCCAGAAGAAGCGUUGCCGCUUGGUAUUGAUCCCUGUGGGAGAGGGGAGGCGGCAGCAGUACUGGUUGCAGAUACUCCCGAGCACGAGUAUGGAAUGAAGGUCACCUGGAGGCGGCGGCCGCACAUAAUGAAGUACCUGCGGGAGCAAGGGAAGCUGAGCGCUGCGGACAUCCUGGUCAAGGCAAACAUGGAGCUCUCGAGGGGACAGGCCCACACCUGA